UUUUUCAUAUCUCAAGCUCCGCCAUGUUUUGAUAUUUUGGGGAGAGGUGUGUUGUUUGGACUGCUAGCAACAUUUUACAUAAACUCUUAUCUGCAAAAUGCACACCUCUCACCGACUUGAAUUUAUUUGUAUAUAUGUUAUCGCCCUUGAAGGCUGUUAGGUCGCAGUACAUAAUCAAAUGAUAACGGACCUCCAGCUCUUUUGUGGUUAUCAAUCUUUUGAAGAAGAUAAGCAGGGGCUUGGUGCCUCCUACACAGAUUCGUUCGUCUCCUUCUUUCGGAAUGUUCUCAAAAAAGCCUCAUGGGGACGUCAAAAAAUCAACACCGAAAGUGUUGGAUCCCAAAAAAGAUGUACUGACACGUCUAAAACACCUGCGGAUCGUUAUAGAAAAUGCAGAGUCGGGGGACCUGAAGCAUUUCUUUGACCAAUACUACUCUCACAUCUACUAUGUGUUCUUUGAGAACUUUGUUAACAUUGAAGUCAGUCUCAAACAAAAAGGUCACAAAUCACAAAGGGAAGAACUUGACUCCAUUCUUUUCAUAUUCGAGAAAAUUCUGCAACUCCUACCAGAGCGAAUACAAGGACGAUGGCAGUUCCACAGCAUAGGCCUCAUUCUGAAGAAGUUGUUGCACACUGGGAAUUCUUUAAAGAUCCGAAGGGAGGGUGUACGUCUGUUCCUGCUAUGGAUGCAGGCCUUGCAGGGCAACGCACUGAGAGAGCAGCUAUGGAUUUUUGCCUGUCUGAUCCCUGGCUUCCCAUCUCCCCAGUCAGAGCUGGGCCCUCGAACCCUGGACAACCUGGUCAACCCCCCUCUCAGCCUCCAGGAGACUCAAGUGACUCCAGAAGAGAUCAGUCCCCUGGUCCCUCCUCAGACAGGAGAUAAAGCCCAGGAAGACCUCACAGGAUACUUCCUAGAGGCUCUUCUGAAAUACAUGGUAAACCAGGCCAAAAGUCUGGAGUGGAAGUGUAAAGACAACCACGAGAAGGGCUUUGCAUUCCUGUUUGGAAACUUUAAGAAAUAUUACCUGCCGCACAUAUUCCCCAACUUCUCCAAGGAGACCAGUUUGUACCAUCCCAUACUGGAGGUUCCUUCGAUGAGACCAAAGCCUUACUACAGUGUGGUGAAGAGAGACACAGAGACCAACGACACAGUGUACUGUACCAAGGAGAGCCUCCUCAACGCCCGCGUUAUCUUCAUCCGCUGGCUGGUGUCCUUCUGGCUGGAGCCACGCUCCAACACUGGAACACACAUCCCCGGGGUGGACGGAGAGAGGGAGAGAGUUCCAAAGAACAUCCAGAGGGCAGCAGCAGGGCUGGCAGCGCGGGGACAUGGCCAGGGGGAGGACCUGGGCCCCAGGGCAGACAGCCUGGACAGAGCGAUUGGGUAUGAGCAGGAGCCAUCCCACUCCAACACCUCCACCCUGACGGAGAGGGAGCCCAGCUCCUCCAGCCUGUGUAGUAUGGACGAGGAGCACCUCACUGACAAGGAGGUGGUGAGACGAGUCCUCUGUUCUUCCAGGACUAACGUCAACUUCAUCACCGAGGUCUUCAGACAGGCCUUCCUGUUGCCGAUGUGCGAGGCUGCAGCCAUGAGGAAGGUGGUGCGGGUGUACCAGGAAUGGUUCGCCCUGGAGGACAAGCCUGUGUUUAUGAGGGAGCCGGAGGAAGAGAGGUUCUUUACCACGGCUGGAGGGGUCAACCUAGAGCCUGUACCCCAGCAGGACACUGAGAAGGAGGAGGAGGGGGUGAAUAAAGUGUCUGAGAAAGAGCUGCUGGAGUACAGUGUGCAUGCCGGUGUUCAGCCCACUCUACAGGUGUUUGUCACCAACUCUGCCAACGUUUUUCUGCUGGAGCCAGCCAAUGAGCUCAAGGUGUUGCUGGAGGAACAUGUUGACAUGUGCAAGAGAGUCCUCAACAUCUACCGCAGCCUGGUCAUGCAUGAAACCAUGGACCAGAAGACAUGGGAGCAGAUCUUGCUGGUGCUGUUGAGGGUGACCGAGUGUGUGAUGAGGAGACCUCCCUCCAUCAUGCCCCAUGGCAAGAAGAACAUCACCCUCUCUGGGAGGCUGGCCGGGGCCGUCUUUCAGACCUUGAUAGUGGCCUGGAUUAAAGGGAACCUGAACGUGUACAUCUCCAGGGAGCUGUGGGACGACCUGCUGUCUGUGCUGUCCUCGCUCACCUGCUGGGAGGAGUUGGUCACAGAGUGGUCCCUCACCAUGGAGACGCUCACCAAAGUUCUGGCCCGCAACCUGUACAGUCUGGACCUCAACGAGCUGCCCCUGGACAAGCUGAGCGAACAGAAACAGAAAAAACACAAGGGAAAAGGGGGCGCUCACGAGGGCCAGAAGACGGCUGUGGACCAUUCUUUCUCUAAGGGCUGGAGCAGGGACCAGCCUGGGAGCGGUCAAGCAGCAGCCAUGAGGCAGCGCAGUGCCACCACCGCUGGCUCCCCGGGCAUGGAGAAGGCCAGGAACAUCAUACGCCAGAAGACUGUGGCCCUGCGUAGCUGCUCUACGGGCGACAGCUUCCUGUCCCAAGCCUUUAUCCGCAGCGCUAAAAGUGCCCCUGUCCUGAUCCAUCCUCUCCACCCUCUCCUGUCUGACUCUGUCCACACAUCCCUAGCUGACGAGCUGGCAGAUAUGGAGGACCCCCCCAUGGCCAUGACCUCUCGGGGACCCAGGAUCCGCCACUGCUCCCAGAGCGAGAAUACCCCGGCCUCUGAGGUGUUCUCAGCAUCCAGUGACCUGGAACCCGGGGCCUACGCUCCCCGCAGCAGUAGCGCUUCUGACAUCAUGGAGCCCUUCAUCGCUGAGAGGGUCAAAGGUGCACUUCCUGUCCCCGACAGUCCCCCCUCUCACUCCACCAUCACCGCUGUCUUUGCCCCCCACCACGCCCACCACCCCCCUUGCUCCUCCCGGAGCCACUCCCUGCACCCCCCCAACCCCCACACAGCCCCAGGUAGCAGUUUGGCCUCUCUGGAAGUGGGGGAUAGCAUCUAUGACUACCUGUGGCAGAUGAUAGGCCCCCGGCCCCCUGCCCCUGACUGGACAUGUGGUGGAGCCUCCUCCUCCUCCACCCAGUCCUCUGAGAGAGAUGAGGAGGGGGAGAUGCAGGGGGAGGAGGACCUGCUUAGUUCUCUCAGGGAGUACCUGAUGCACAUAAGCCUGGAGGAGGGAGGUGGAGAGGGGGAGAGGGGUGGCCCUAGUGACGUUGUGGAGGGUCGCACUGUGAUGGUACAGUCAGGGUCACAGCAGGUCAGGAGACAGGUCCAGGUAAGGCAGCAUAGCAUCUUAAACUCAGCAGAAGAGAACAGUACAGAGGCAGAGCAGCAGCCUGCUGAGAAGAGUAUCUAUGAGUGUUUGGAACAGAGUGAUGACUGGGAGCUGAUCAGCAGGGGGAGCUCUAGUCUUGACCAGCAGGUAACUACUCGGGGAACAGAGAAUAGGGAAGAGCCCCACUUGGUCAGGCAAGACGCCACAGAGUGUGAGUAUAAUAAUGAAACAGGAGGUUCAGGCCAACAGGCCCCUCAGCCCCAGCAGCAGUCCCUCAACCUCCACCACUCCCUGAAGCCCAGGCUGGUCCGGGGUAGGCCCAAAAAGCACCAUGGGGCAGGGGGAGGGGUACACGUCAGCUUCCGGCCCUCCACAGAGUCUGUCCAGUUCCACAACCCUCUAGACUCCAAGGAGGCCCACUGGAGGACCAGGCUGCGCCGCCUCAGCCACUUCAGCAGCCACUCUGUAGGAGGGGUGGGGUCUGGAGGGGCUGGGGCAGGGUUGGGGGGGUCAAAGGGUAAAGAGAGGUCAGGAGGGGAGGGGGUGAGCGGAAGCGGGGAGCAUCCGGAACGGGAGGCCAGUGGAUUGGGGGGUCAUGCGACAGAGCCAGGACGUGUCCGUCUGGGGCGCUCCUCCCUUCGGCCUCGUGGGACUCGGUCCAGGUCCCAGGAUGCGGAGUCAGGGAUCAGUCCUUCUCGGCAGCAGCAGGGGGCUCUGUUGGGUGGUGUGUAUAAAUCUGUGGUCCAUGCUCUCUCCAAGCCCAAGGCCCACGCCUCCGGCUCCGCAUCACCGCAGCGGCAAAGCAAAGCCCCUGGCGUGGCCACAGAGGCGCCCCUGAGGGACCUGUACACUCAUGUAUUGGGCUAUUUUGGAAAGAAAGCACCAGGCAACAAGGAGGACCCUUGUCAGACGAUGCGUGCUGUGUCCAGUGAUAACGGCAACCAAAACUUUGGAGACCUGAUGGACGAAUUUAUCCAAGAGCGUCUGCGAGCGAGAGGCACCUCUGGCAUGACGAGGCGUGGCAGUAGCCCCGGUAGUCUGGAGAUCCCCAAAGACCUGCCGGAGCUCCUGGACCGUCAGAACGUCACACAACCCGUGGACGACCCCGGUGUGCCCUCUGAGUGGACCUCCCCCGCCAGCAGCAGCGACGUCAUCAGCUCCGACAGCCAAUCAGACUCCUUCAACGCCUUCCAGUACGCCAAAUGCAAGCUGGAAAAUUUCAGCUUUGGUCUGGAUGACUGUGGUGCGGGGUCUUUGGACCAGGAUAACGCUAGCCUUGGAGGGGUGCCCCAGACUGCAGAGGAACAGGAGCUGUCCAGCCUCACCACCCUGCACAUAGAUUCAGAGACCAGCAGUCUGAGCCAGCACGGCCUGUCUGCAGACGCCAUCACCAUCACAGGUUCAGAGAGUGCGUCCCCGAUGCAUUCCCUGGGUGGUUCCUGCUCACAGAGCCCGUCUCCAGCCACCCUGACCGCUGAACACAUAGGGCUGCAGCAUGAGGACCUGCAGCUGGAUGAGAAACUACAUCACUCUGUACUACACACUCCUGAUGACCUGGAAAUCAGUGAGUUUCCUACAGAGGACUGCAGUGUGAUGGCCGGUGGCUCCCUGACCGGUUGGCACGCUGACGUUGCCACGGUGAUGUGGCGGAGGAUGCUAGGCAUUCUGGGUGAUGUGAACACCAUUAAGGACCCAGAGAUCCACGCGCAAGUCUUUGACUACCUCUGUGAGCUGUGGCAGAACCUGGCCAAGAUCAGAGAUAAUCUGGGCAUCUCUCUGGACAACCAGUCAUCUCCUCCUCCCCCGGUCCUCAUCCCUCCCCUCCGGAUCCUCACCCCCUGGCUCUUUAAAGCGACCAUGCUGACAGAGAGGUACAAACAGGGGAAGCUACACGCCUACAAACUCAUCUGUAAGAUCAUGAAGAGGAGGCAGGACGUAUCGCCCAACUCAGACUUCCUCACACACUUCUACAACAUCAUGCACUGUGGCCUUAUGCACGUCGACCAGGACAUAGUGAACACCAUCAUUAAGCACUGUUCUCCUCGGUUCUUCUCCAUCGGGCUGCCUGGAGCCACCAUGCUUAUCCUGGAUUUCAUCAUCGCAGCCAGCAGAGUCACAGCCUGCUCCUCCCUCAAUGCCCCACGGGUGGAGGCUCAGAUCCUGCUGGGUUCUCUGGUGUGUUUCCCUAACCUAUACGAGGAGCUGCCUGCCCUACACCCCACCACCGCUGACGUGGUCAUAACCAAGUUCAGAGACGUUAAGGAACACAUCAUCAAACACAUCCUGAGUUCAGCCAUAGAUGAGCCUUCAGCCCCAGCCAGGUGUGUGGCCCUGUGCAGUCUGGGUAUCUGGCUGUGUGAGGAGUUGGUCCACGGCACCCAGCACCCUCAGAUCAAAGAAGCCCUCAACGUCAUCUGUGUCACUCUAAAGUUUCCAAAUAAAACUGUCGCGCUGGUGGCCUCCGACAUUCUGCACUUGCUCAUAAACUAUGUCGAUGACCUUCAGAAAUUCCCACUCGACACUCCAAAGAAAAUAGUUGAGAUCCUCAUAGCGACCAUCACUCACCUGCUUCCCACUACAGAAUCCUCGCCUCAUGAACUGGACAAGAGGUUGGUGGUGUCUCUGCUGUUGUGCCUGCUGGACUGGGUGAUGGCUCUGCCUCCUAAGACUCUGCUGCAGCCUGUCCAAACCCUCAGCCCUGACAAGGAGAAGCCAGACAAGUCUGUCCUCAGCUGUAUCUACAAGGUGCUGCAUGGCUGUGUGUAUGGGGCCCAGAACUUCAACAGCCCUAGGUAUUUUCCUAUGAACUUGUCAGACCUGACCAGUCCAGACUACGACCCCUUCCUGCUACUGGAGAGUCUGAAGGAACCAGAGCCCCUCCAUUCCCCUGACUCAGAACGCUCCUCCAAACUACAGCCUGUCACUGAGGUGCGGAGCCGUAUCCAGCACGGUCUGAUCUCCAUCGCGGCCAGGACAGUCAUCACCCACCUGGUCAACCACCUUGGGCACUACCCCAUGUCUGGAGGCCCUGCUACCCUGACCAGCCAGGUGUGUGAGAACAUGGACAACCCCUACAGCGACAGCCCUGACCUGGCCCCAGAGCUCUUCGACGGGCCCAACCUACAGUUCUUUGUCCUGAAUGGCACCACCCUCCUAUCCUGUCUGCAGGUCCGUGCUGAGGAUGGUGUGCCUGGUGGAGGAAUGUCUGCAGGCCUCACCACCACCAGUGCCUGUGUGAGGGUUAUCGUCCGAGACAUCUCCGGAAAACACUCGUGGGAUUCGGCUGUGCUGUACGGGCCACCUCACUGUGGUGUUCCCAAUCAGCCCCUGCACCUCUACAGUAACACACCAACAGAGAGAAUGACUACAAAGGGGGAGAAGGAGAAGAACUGGGUUGGAGACCCUAUAGAGAAGGAAGAAGAGGAGAGGGAAGAGGGGGCAGCACUGGAGGAAGAGGAGGUGGUGGUGCUGGGAGAGGAGGAGCAGGGGGAGGCUGUGGAGGAGGAAGGAGAGGAGGAAGUGAAAGGUGUGUUGGAGCUCAUGGCCCCGCAGGCUAAGCGUGUGUGUCGCGAGGCGGUCCCGUCCUGGAACUCCCUGCGAGAAGAAGACGUUCUAGAUGAGAUGCUGCAGUACCUGGGUUACUCCAGCCCCGAGUGCCUUCAGCGCGCCGGAGGCCCCCUUAACAUCCCCGCCCCACCCCCUGUCUGCGUGUCGGAGAAGCAGGAGAACGACGUGAUCAACGCCAUCCUGAAGCAGUGUGCAGAGGAGAGGGACUUUGCGGUGCACAGGGGGAAUGGGCUGAACAUGAGGGCCGUGGAGCAAGGGGAGCCAGGGCCUCAGAGGCCCCAGUCAGCCUUCUACUACUGCAGGCUGCUACUCAACAUCCUGGGCAUGAACUCCUGGGAGAAGAGGAGCAACUUCCAUCUCCUGAAGAAGAACGAGAAGCUGCUUAGAGAGCUUAAGAACCUCGACUCCAGGCAGUGUCGAGAGACGCACAAAAUAGCCGUGUUUUACGUGGCGGAGGGGCAGGAGGACAAGCACUCUAUCCUGUGUAAUACCAGGGGGAGUCAGGCCUACGAGGACUUUGUCUCUGGGCUGGGCUGGGAGGUGAACUUGACCAGUCACUGUGGCUUUAUGGGAGGUCUUCAGAGGAACAAGAGUACUGGUCUCACCACGCCUUACUUCGCUACCUCCACCGUUGAGGUCAUGUUCCACGUCUCCACGCGGAUGCCCCCCGACUCAGACGACUCACUCACCAAAAAGCUAAGGCAUCUUGGGAAUGACGAGGUGCACAUUGUGUGGUCUGAGCAUUCGCGGGACUACAGGAGAGGCAUCAUCCCUACGGAGUUUGGAGACGUCCUCAUCAUCAUCUACCCCAUGAAGAACCACAUGUACAGCAUCCAGAUCCUCAAGAAGCCAGAGGUACCAUUUUUCGGGCCCCUGUUCGAUGGAGCCAUAGUGGAUGAGAAGAUCCUUCCCACCAUGGUCCGGGCCACGGCUCUCAACGCCAGCAGGGCUCUUAAAUCCCUCAUCCCCCUUUACCAGAACUUCUACGAGGAGAGAGCGCGUUACCUGGAGACCAUCGUACAUCACCACCUGGAGCCAACCACCUUCGAGGACUAUGCAGCAAGGGUCUUUUGCCCCGCCCCCUACCACCACCUCCCGUCAGACCCAGAGAGCUUGAUAUUUCAGCUCCUUCCCAAAACUCCACUAGAAAACAUUGGGCUCAGCAAGGUAAAGGGCAAAGACUUGAAACGGAAGGUCUUUCACGCUAGCUGUGAAUGGUAUGCUAAAACAUUAACACGGCAAAGUACCUUUUUUCUCUCUGUUCCUUCUUACCCUGUUUCCUCCUCCUUUAGUUUCCUGUUUUAUUAUUCUCUGACGUUCUAGAUUUCAGUUGUGUUUUAUAGUACCACCACCAUCAUACCUUUUGGGAUUAGUUGUUUAGAUUUAUUUCAUGAACAUUGAUGCCUCGAUACGUUACAGCUAAAGAAAGCUACCCAUAACUAUACUAAAAUGUGUCAACAUUUAUUAUAAUACAAUUACUUUCAGAGAGAUGCAACACCUUUACCACUGCAGUACAAAUCAAAGUGCAUGUACUGACCUUCCCCUCCCCUUCCAUAAAGACUAAUAUGAGCUGGGGACUAACCUCAGGAAGGCAGGUUGUAGACUGGAGGAGUAGGACCCAGUCUGUCUGUAGGGGGUGGGGUGGGGGGGCAGCAGCUAGCCCUGCCUUCUACAUUACUGUUUUACCAUUGACUGUCACAGUAGUGGGCUACAGGCAACGGGGGGGGGGCUCUAACGCCUGUGCUCUCCUUCCCUUUCCCCCCCUCCCUCCUUCCACAGGCUCAUGCCUCGAGAGUCAGCAGGGAGAAAGUCCAGCAGCAGCGCUUCUAGACGGGGCCGACCAGUUAGCCUUGCCAAUGUCCCCUCAUACUAGCAAGAGCCGUAUGUCCAUGAAGCUCCGACGCUCCUCCGGCUCGGCCAACAAGACCUGAUCGGACUUUCCCUCCGCUGACCCUCCACGCCACACCCAGCGAGAGUUCACAGCCUUCAGACGAAGAGACUGACUCUCUCUCUCUCUGUACCGUACAGCUAGGACUGCACUACACUGCAACUACCAGCCUUUACCUGCUAACAGCGAUGCAUUGCAUGUUAUGUACUCCAACUACAUGGACAUGGACACACCUGCCCUGCAUGGUCAGA